AUGAACAGACAAGUCUCCAAGAAAUCCUUCAGCAGCGGGAGCCAGGGCUUCUCCGGCCGCUCCGCUGUGGUCUCCGGCAGCAGCAGGAUGAGCUGUGUGGCCCGCUCUGGGGGAGCCAGCGGAGGGGCCUGUGGAUUCCGGAGUGGAGCAGGUGGCUUUGGUAGUCACAGCCUCUACAACCUGGGAGGCAACAAGAGCAUCUCCAUCAGUGUGGCAGGUGGUGGCUCCCGGGCUGGUGGCUUUGGUGGAGGACGUAGCAGCUGUGGCUUUGGGGGCAGUUAUGGAAGUGGCUUUGGGGGAGGUUAUGGAGGUGGCUUUGGUGGUGGCAUUGGUGGUGGCUUUGGUGGUGGCUUUGGUGGUGGCAGAGGAGUAGGUGGUGGCUUUGGAGGGGUUGGUGGCUUUGGAGGAGCUGGUGGCUUUGGAGGAGCUGGUGGUUUUGGUGGUCCUGGUGGCUUUGGUGGUCCUGGUGGCUUCCCUGGGGGGAUCCAGGAAGUGACUGUCAACCAGAGCCUCCUGCAGCCCCUCAAUGUGGAGAUCGACCCCCAGAUUGGACAAGUAAAGGCCCAGGAGCGGGAGCAGAUCAAGACCCUCAACAACAAGUUUGCCUCCUUCAUCGACAAGGUGCGGUUCCUGGAACAGCAGAACAAGGUCCUGGAGACCAAGUGGGAACUGCUCCAGCAGCAGACCACAGGCUCCGGCUCAGGCCCCAGCAGCCUGGAGCCUUUCUUUGAAUCCUACAUCAGCUUCCUGAGCAAGCAGCUGGAUUCGCUUCUAGGGGAGAGGGGGAACCUGGAGGGAGAGCUGAAGAACAUGCAGGACCUGGUGGAAGACUUCAAAAAGAAGUAUGAAGAUGAGAUCAACAGACGCACCACAGCAGAAAAUGAGUUUGUGGGGCUCAAGAAGGACGUGGACGCAGCUUACAUGAACAAGGUGGAGCUGCAGGCCAAAGUGGACAGCCUGAUGGAUGAAGUCAACUUCCUGAGGACCCUCUAUGACAUGGAGCUAUCCCAGAUGCAGAGCCACGUCAGUGACACGUCUGUCAUCCUGUCCAUGGACAACAACCGCUGCCUGGACCUGGACAGCAUCAUCACUGAGGUCCGUGCCCAGUAUGAGGACAUCGCCCAGAGGAGCAAGGCUGAAGCCGAGGCGCUGUACCAGACCAAGCUCGGGGAGCUGCAGACCACGGCCGGCAGACACGGGGAUGACCUGAGGAGCACCAAGAGUGAGAUCGCCGAGCUCAACAGGAUGAUCCAGAGGCUGCGGGCUGAGAUCGAGAGUGUCAAGAAGCAGAAUGCCAACUUGCAGACAGCCAUUGCGGAAGCUGAGCAGCGUGGGGAGAUGGCCCUCAAGGACGCCAAUGCCAAGCUCCAAGAGCUGCAGACUGCCCUACAAAAGGCCAAGGAUGACCUGGCUCGGCUGCUGCGUGACUACCAGGAACUGAUGAACGUCAAGCUGGCCCUGGAUGUGGAGAUCGCCACCUACCGCAAGCUGCUGGAGGGCGAGGAGUGCAGGAUGUCUGGAGAGUGUCAGAGUGCUGUGAGCAUUUCAGUGGUCAGCAACGUCACCAGUACAAGCAGCAGCGCUGGUGGUAGCCGCGGAGGCUUUGGAGGGGUCAGCGGCAGCAGCAGCGGUGGCUACAGAGGCGGCAGCGGCAGCAGCAGAGGCAGCAGCAGCUAUGGAGGGGUCAGUGGCGGCAGCAGCAGCUAUGGAGGGGUCAGCGGUGGCAGCAGCAGCGGCUACGGAGGGGUCAGCAGUGGCAGCAGUGGGAGCAGGGGCAGCAGCGGGGGUUACCAGAGUGGCAGCAGUGGGAGCAGGCUUGGCGGUGCCGGCAGCAGCUCCGUGAGCCAGAGUGGAAUGGGCUCCAGCUCGGGCGGCAUCCAGACCUCUGGAGGCUACAAGUCUGGCAGUGGAGGCAGCACCAGUGUCCGCUUCUCCCAGACCACCAGCUCCAGUCAGUACAGUUCCAAGUGA